GGAUCGUGCACGACCAGCGCAUUCCUUCUUGUUCUAUUGGCCGAAGCGCGAGCAGAGCAGACGGAAAGCAGAGCGGGGGUGAGUCCAGCAACGGAUCAGACGAGGAUAGCUCGGCGGCGAUGAACUCUGACCUCUGACCUCGCUCUGGUCCAUGAUUGUACGGCGAGGAUGACACGAGAACCAAAUCUCGCGGUAAUGGCCCAAAGAAAAUUCCCGUCCUCGUUCGAACGAAGCCUCGGGAAGUGGGAAAGAAAUUCCUACGUGAGACAGGGACGGAUCUCCCCCCCCCCCUACGGCUGCGAGCAGUCUUCAGCGCACAGGGCAGAACCCGAGAGGCGACGAACGCUCGACGUCGAGGCGAUGCGAGGAAUGUCGAGAACGAGCGGAGGAGCUCCGACGCCUCGGGGCGAGCGAGCGAGGGCCCCGAUCGAGCGAAGCGAAUCGUCCGCCGGCGCUGGGCCGCGCAUCGGGAUCGGUUCGCCGUUCGGUUCAGAGCCCGAAUUUAAGAGGCCCGAAUCGCAAUCUUGUCCGGCGGGGCCGGAGCUGACCAACAUCAUCUUGGCGCGUCGUCGUCGUCGUCGUCGUCGUCGGCCUCCGCCAUCUUUGCGUCCGCGUUCCGUGCUGCGCGAAGUGUAGCGACGGGACUCGAGGCUCCAUGUCCACGUGGUCCCUGCGAGAGCGUGGAGGUUGGCAGGCGCUUUAAUGGCGAAUUGUCCACUUUGGGAAUGGACUCUGUUUUCCCGCCCCACGGUGCUCCCCUCGGCUCGAGCUCAAUCUCAAGCUCGCCCCUUGGACAAAUCCCGUAGACCCACCUGAGCAAGUGAUCGAGCGUCCGUGCGGCGGCGGAGGACGGGGGUCGUAAUCGAAAGAGACGUUGCGCGCAG